AUGGAGGCGACAAAGUCCAAGAAGCCUGUGGUCGAUACGACUCAAAAGAAGGUCAAGGAAAUCUCAUUUGGUGUAUUUUCUUCUCAAGAAGCAAGCAGACUCUCCAUCCUCAGAGUCGCAAGUCACAAUCUAUAUGACAUCAAUCAACCUGGCCGUCCUGCCAUGAAGGAUGGUGUUCUGGACGCAAGACUCGGGUGCAAUUCUUCUUCCAAAUCAAAUUGUCUCACAUGUGAAGAAGGAAUACAAGAUUGUGUUGGUCACUAUGGUGUCAUACUUCUCAACAAACCCGUCUUUCACAUUGGUUACUUCAAAAACUUGGUCAAUGUCUUACAGAACAUUUGCAAGAGUUGUGCUUGCGUCAUGGUCGAUGAAGGAAAACGACGAAGCUUUAUUCAUCGACUCAGAAACCGUACCAUAGAUGGUAUUCAGCGUGGUGAAAUCAUCAAACAGCUCAACGUCUUGUGUAAAAAGACCGGCGUCUGUCCUCAUUGUGGUGCUACCAAUGGAUCAAUCAAGAAAGUUGGUGCACUCAAGCUCAUCCACGAAAAAUACAAGAAAAAGCCACGAAAAGAUGCAGUUCAAGAAGCUGAAGACUUCUAUGAUACCUUUGAUUCCGCAAUCAAGCAUACGCCCGAAAUAAAACUACACAUCAAAAAGGCUCAAGAAGAUCUCAAUCCUCGUACUGUAUUGGAAUUGUUGAAACGUGUCACCGAUGAGGAUUGUGAAUUGAUGGGAUUGAAUCCAGAAUCUGGUCGUCCGGAACGAUUCAUUCUUGAACACAUCUCAGUACCACCUGUCUGCAUUCGUCCUUCCAUCACUCAACAGGGUGCAACUACUGAAGAUGAUAUCACUGUAUUGAUGUCUGAAAUCGUCGAAACAAAUGCAAAAAUCAGGAUGUUUGAACUCAGUGGUGACAGUCCUCAACAACUCAUGGAUCAUUGGGACUAUCUUCAAUUGCAAUGUGCCAUGUUCGUGACAAGUGAACUCCCCGGUAUUCCUGGUCAUCUUCAAGCCAACAUUCAAAAGAUAAAGAAGGGGUUCUGUCAAAGGUUGAAAGGAAAACAUGGUCGCUUUCGUGGAAACCUUUCUGGAAAACGUGUCGACUUUUCGGGUCGUACCGUCAUCUCUCCUGAUCCCAAUCUCAGUAUUGAUCAAGUCGGAGUUCCACAACGUAUGGCAAUUACUUUGACAUAUCCCGAACGUGUCAACGAGCACAAUAUUGAAGUAUUGAGAGCUGCCAUCAGAAAUGGUGCCUUGAAGCAUCCUGGUGCUCAGUACCUUGAAAAAGUUUAUGGACCUGGUGACACCAAGAGGUUUUACCUCAAGUAUGGUGACCUGUCCAGUCAUGCCGAUCAAUUGCGAAUUGGUGAUAUCGUUGAACGUCAUCUACGAGAUGGUGAUAUUGUGCUUUUCAAUCGUCAACCGUCAUUGCACAAGCUCAGUAUCAUGUGUCAUCGAGCCAAGAUUCUUCCCUGGCGAACACUUCGAUUUAAUGAAUGUGUUUGUACACCCUACAAUGCCGAUUUUGAUGGUGAUGAGAUGAACUUGCAUGUACCUCAAACUGAAGAAGCUCGUGCUGAAGCUCUUAUCUUGAUGGCGACCAAAAACAAUCUCGUUACACCACGAAAUGGUCAACCGUUGAUUGCUGCCACUCAAGAUUUCAUAACAGCAUCAUAUCUAAUUUCGUUAAAGGAUGCUUUCUUCACUCGCUCUGAAUUCUGUCAAAUUAUCAUGUCGUUUACACUUGGUGAUCUACGAUUGGAUUUGCCUAUUCCUGCUAUCAUCAAGCCUCGACCUCUAUGGACUGGCAAACAAGUUUGGAGUACUCUCUUACGACCAAACAAGGACUCACCCAUCAAAGUCAACUUGGAAACUAAAUGUCGAAACCAUCAGAAGCCGACAUCCAUGAUGUCAAAUCGCCUUCCAUUCCACCCUAGUAUGGAUCCCACCGAUAAUUAUUUGGUUAUACAUAAUAGUGAGGUUAUGUGUGGAGUCAUUGACAAGGCCAUUAUUGGAGCUGAAAGCAAACGCGGUAUAUACUAUGUCUUGCUUCGAGAUUAUGGCGUUGAAGCAGCUGCAGAAGCCAUGAAUCGUACUGCUAAAAUGAGUGCUCGAUUCUUGGGCAACCAUGGGUUCUCUAUUGGUAUUGACGAUGUACAAGCUAGCGCAUCCUUGUUAGUUGAACGAAAGAAGAUUUCGAAAAUCCGUGAAGAACUCAAUUUCGUGCGUGCUGAAGUUGGAAAGAAGUGUUUGUCUGAACUACACAAGUCCAAUGCUCCCUUGAUUAUGUCAUUGUGUGGAUCUAAAGGUUCUUCUCUGAACGUGUCACAAAUGGUUGGUUGUGUCGGUCAACAAGAUAUUAGCCGAAAACGUAUUCCUGAUGGAUUUGGUGAUCGUUCCCUACCCCAUUUUCCUCACAAGUCGAAAACUCCUGCUGCCAAAGGGUUUGUUGCAAACAGUUUCUACACUGGUUUAGAACCCCACGAAUUCCUCUUCCACGCUGUUUCUGGUCGUGAAGGUCUGGUUGAUACGGCCGUCAAGACUGCAGAAACUGGUUAUAUGCAACGUCGAUUGAUGAAGGCCCUGGAAGACAUCACUGUACACUAUGACGAUACAGUCCGAAACUCUACUGGUGGUGUCGUCCAAUUCCAAUACGGCGACGAUCGUCUAGAUCCUGUAGAUAUUGAAGCAGAUGAUCAACCUGUAGAAUUCGGCCGUAACCUGGCCCACGUCAUUGCCCUCAACCCAACACCCGAAGAACCACGAUUACUACCUUUCCAAAUCCGUUCCUUAUCUGCUCACUUACUCGACAGUAUGGCUACCAAAGUAUCAGCACAAUUUAAAGAAUCAUUACGAAAGUUUAUAGACGUCAAUUGUGUUGUGCCAUUGGCUGAACGCCGAGAAUGGCUUGGUUUGCCAUCACAUUUGGAUGAAAAGAAGGUUGAUGGUGAAGCGUUUAUAGACGAAGGUGAUGGUGGAUAUAGAUUGCCUUUGCGAUUUACUAAUACUCAGAUACGAGCCUUUAUGAAGAUUUGCUCUGACAAGUAUGAUAAAGCUCAAAUUGAACCAGGUACCGCUGUUGGUGCCGUGGGAGCUCAAUCUAUCGGAGAACCAGGUACUCAAAUGACACUUAAAACUUUCCAUUUUGCUGGUAUUGGAAGUAUGAACGUUACGCUUGGUGUUCCUCGUAUUAAGGAAAUCAUCAAUGCGUCCAAAAACAUAUCAACACCAGCCAUCACAGCCAUGUUGUAUGCCGGUGCCACGGAAGUGACUGCUCGAUUCGCUAAAUCUCGAAUUGAAAAGACGACUCUCAAUGAUGUGGCAUUGUUCUUUGAAGAAUCAAUGACUGAUGAUUAUAGUAUCAAUGUACGCAUUGAUAUGGAUCUGGUUCAAAGACUCAAGUUGGAAAUCACAUUGGAUUCUAUUGCAAAGGCUAUUCUGCUUGCACCAAAAUUGAAGCUUGCAUCUGCUCCAAUAACUCUUGAUAGAGGCAUGAACAUCAUUCGAGUCACAAUCCCUGACGGAAAGGAGUCCAAGAGCAAUGCAUCUGAUCGAUAUCUACGAAUGCAUGCUCUAAGUCGUGAACUACCAAAAGUGGUCAUUCAAGGAUUACCUACUGCUGGUCAUGCUAUUGUUGCACAAGAUGAAAAGAGCAAGGAAUACAAGUUGAUGGUUGAGGGUACUGGAUUGAGUGAAGUUAUGGGCACAUUAGGAGUUGAUGGUCUUCGAACUACUUCGAAUAAUAUUCUUGAAAUUCGAAAAGUGCUUGGUAUCGAAGCUGCUCGUACCGCUGUUAUCAAUGAAGUCAACUUUGUAAUGGAGAAUUAUGGUAUAACCAUUGAUAGACGUCACCUGAUGCUAUUGGCUGAUUUGAUGACUUUGAAGGGCGACGUAUUGGGUAUCACUCGAUUCGGAAUUGCUAAAAUGAAGGACUCUGUUCUCAUGUUGGCAUCCUUUGAAAAGACAACCGACCAUCUCUUUGAUGCAGCAUUCUUCAACAAGAAGGAUACCAUUGAUGGAGUCUCAGAAUGCAUUAUCAUGGGUGUACCUAUGGGUAUUGGAACUGGUCUUCACAAGAUCUUGCAUAAGCCUGAAGUUGAAGAGGAACCUCCAAUUCCCAAGGUACCACUCUUCUCUACCCUUUAUCGUAAGGCGAUGGAGACGAAGAAGGAGGCUGAGGCUGCGAGCAGGGAAAGAGAACUUGUCGCGAAGGCUUUGGCACAGCUUAAAGGAAAUUAA